CGACAUUGACCUCCUCUUCGUCCUCUCCUCUUCCGUCUCUACUUUGCUAUCAUAUCAUGGGUAAAUCACAGAGCAAGCUUUCUCCGGAACAGCUCGCCGACCUCCAGAAGAACACAUACUUCGACAAGCGAGAACUACAGCAAUGGUACAAGGGCUUCCUGAAGGACUGUCCCUCUGGUCAGCUCGACAAGACAGAGUUCAGUCGGAUAUAUAAGCAAUUCUUCCCAUUCGGCGACCCGGCAGAGUUCGCAGACUAUGUCUUCGAUGUCUUCGAUGAGAACAAGAAUGGCACCAUUGACUUUAAGGAGUUCAUCUGUGCCCUCUCGGUCACAUCAAGAGGCCGGCUAGACGAGAAGCUCAAAUGGGCGUUCCAGCUGUACGACAUCGACAAAGACGGAACAAUAACCUAUCAGGAGAUGCUCCAGAUCGUACAGUCAAUAUACAAGAUGACCGGUCAAAUGGUCAAACUUCCCGCGGACGAGGAUACUCCAGAAAAGCGCGUAGACAAGAUCUUCAAGAAUAUGGACAGGGACAAGGACGCCAGGCUGACGUAUGAUGAGUUCGUCGAGGGCAGCAAGCAGGACCCGACGAUUGUUCAGGCGCUAUCGCUCUAUGACGGUCUCGUAUAGUCUUCCACCGCAUCGCCUUCGAUCUGGAUGAACUGCUUCCAAGCCUCUCCUGUUCAGCCACCGAAGGCUAUAUCCAACCACCCCAACUGCCACAGUCAUCCUUCUUCUAGAUCUUCGUCGAUAACUCGAUGAUACUCGAUUAUAACCGGUAUCAAUCCCUUCAUCAUUUCCCGCUUUGAACGGUUCUCUCCCAUGCGUAUCCUUCUUGAAUCUCGAGCUCGGAAAACGGACGAGUGUUUUGCUGUGUGUGUGGUGUCUUGUUGAAAGAAGAAUAAAUAAAGGAUUUUGUUUUGUAGUUAAACCCGCGUCACCGUCUUUGUUGUUCUUGUAGCUGUACGAUCGAUCUCCCAUGCUUUGUCUCCCUCCUUUCGUCUUCUGACUUUUUUUUACCUUUUGAGCGCCGCAGUGAUCAGUGUUCAAGUUUUCUUCCCGC